AGUUUACAUUUUUCAGCUAUAGCCCACCUUCCCCACUCUUCUUUUCAACUACAACACACCACCACUUGCUUCAAGCGAUCGAUCCCAAUUGCUCCCUCUGUGCUACCUACAGUAACAAAGUCUAUAAGCCUUAAACAUAAAUCAUGGUCAAGCUACGUGUUUCCAUCGGCGGGUCGUACACGGAUUUGUCUAUUGUCAACUGCAACGACGAGAUCCAGCCCAUUGAGUUCGAUGCCCCCAACUUCAAAGGCCGUGCUGUUGUUCGUAUCAAGGACUUUGUGGGCAUCACGAACGACGGCUCACAACCCGUCUACAAUUCCGACUACUUUAAAGGACGCAACCGCAGAUUUUCAUUUCAGAUUGAAGGUCGGUUCAAGCGCGAGUGGGAUGGCCAGGACUUAUACUUUGGCACAGACUUUGACCGGUCCGUGGAUCUGCCAGAUGGAUUCGAGAUGAUGCUCAAGGUCUGCCGCUACAUCGAUCCGGUCGUCAGAACCUCGUUCUCCAAGGACGGACAGCCCUGGAUCCUAAGCCCUCUGGUCUCGUCCAUCAAUACCAUGUCGGCCUGGCGUCCUCAGGACACAAAGCUCCCAUCACCGCCGCUUACACCUCGCCCCUCCAUGGAUCUUUCGCGCUCCUUUUCUAUGACCGAGAAUGUCACUGGUGCAGUGUCGAGUGCGUGGGGCUUUCUAGGCAAAUUUAAGCGUGGCAACCGUGCAUCGGUCAUGGGUACCAGCAGCACAGCAUCCAAUAACGAGAACAGUGGAUUGAGUAGCUAUUCAACAAAACGGAGUUCUUCGUCUGAUCAGGUUCACAAGGUCCGGUCGAUCUCGCCCCCUAUUACUGAGGAAGCGGGAACUAUCACCUCUCCUGCGACCCCUCAGCCUGAAUCACUCAACUCGUCAGGAACGUCUGCAGAUUGGGAGGCAGGGACAGAGCUCGAGGGUGAGAUGCCUCUGGGACAGUGGCGCCAGCACCUUGAGGAGGACACGACAUUCUUUUUGCCGGGCCAGGCGAGUCUCAGCACAGCAGAACGCAGGAAGUAUUUCCAGACGGAGCAGCAUCGCAAGGAUUUCAAGUACAACCCGGAUCUGGUAUAUGGAUUCGAGUUCUUUUCGCCGCAUAUGGACUUCAACACUGGCAAUAUCAAGCUAGGACUAUCGCUGAAUGUGCUAAAAUACCUGGGUGGGCAGCCGGUGCGCUACACAUGCAGGACCUUGGACGGCAGCGCUGUCUUCUGGGCUGUCCAGUUCGAGUUUGUCGAGUAAAAGAUAGCGACUCAUUUCGUUUAUUAUUUUGUUGCUGUUGUACUUUUCUUUUUUUUUUUUUUUCGAUGU